CCUGUAUAGUUCAACCCUUCCAACAAAAAUAAUAAUAAUAAUAAUCCAUAAUAAUAAUAAAAGAAUAACAAUAAGAAGAAGAAAAGGAAUAACAAAAAAAUAAAAAUUGUCGCCCACCGCCAUUGAGCCAGCGACACGGCUGUCGUGCAUAGGGUUUGCGCAGGCGACACAGCGGUCGCGCACAAGAUCUCUGUGGCCGUCGUGUCAACGCCACAAUCCCCGUGUGCGACAACUGUGUUGUCGGUGCAAUGGCGGUGCACGGCCUGAUUUCUUUAAAAUAAAAUUAUCAAAAAAUCCAAAUAGGUGAAUCCACUUAGCCCGUCUGCCAUCGCCAUUAUUGCACCCAAAAUCAGAACUCGCCAAAACACCGAAGCAGAGAGAGAAAGAGAUCGAGAGAGAAAUGGGGGUGAUGUAGAGGCUCGUGAUGUUCGUAGGUAAAGAACCGGUCGUCGUUGCUUCUUGCAUUGUUGGUGGGCAUAUAUUGGUACCCCUGAGGUUUUUUAGAUUUUCACCAGGUGCCCUUGUGCUUUAUGGUAAUUUCACCAGAUACCCCUGCUCACCAACGGCUAGUUUCACCAGGUUUUGUUCUGUAACAGUUGCUGGGGGAGGGGAAUAUGAAGUGAAAGAGGGGGCUGUCAAAUACCCUAUUAAGUUUGAUGCAAGGACUUGUGGUUGUGGAGUAUGGCAAAUAUCUGGCAUACCUUGCAGACAUGGCCUUAGGGUUAUUUACCACCAAAGACUUGAGGCUACUGAUUUUGUGUCUCACUACUUCAAAGGGCAAGCAUACAAGUUAACUUACUCAGAGCACAUACACCCCAUGCCUGACCCAACCCAAUGGCCUUCUUUUGACCUUCCUAUUAUCCUCCCACCACCCAUGAAGAGAGCAUCAGGUAGACCCCCUAACCUGAGAAAAAGAGGUAAACAUGAUCCAAAAAGGGGAAAGAGAAAUAGCACUGUGAGGUGUGGUAAGUGCAAGGAGGUGGGACACAAUGCAAGGACAUGCAGAGGUGGGGCCACUGCAAAGCAAAAGAAGGCUGCUGCUGCUGCUGCUGCUGGUGCUUUUGGUUCUGCUGGUGCAGCUGGUUCUGGUGCAGCUGGUUUACAGCAAGGGGGAGAUCAAGGUGCUUCCAGUUCACAGCAACAACGUAAUGCAUCAAGUAAGGGAAAAAGGAAGCGUACUUGAUUUUGUGAUUUAUGCAUAACUUUUUGCUAAACUUAUCAUGUAUAUCUUUUGCCAAUGGGAGCAAGUUUUUGUAGAGCUACACUUAAAGUUUUUGCGUGUCGGGGGCACACUUUUGUAAAGCUACUUAAUUCGGAAAUGAAAUAUCAUAUUAUUGAUGAAAUGUCAUCAUUCACUUUCUCAUUACAAAUACUAGAAUAAAAAACAUUACAAUGCCAAUUUU